UUUCUCAAUGUUGUUAUCAUAAAACUAUAUACUGCUUUUUACUUUUAUUUGAUUGUACAAAAUCGAUUAAGCCGGUAUCACCGCUAAUCGUUUCUUUGAGAUAUUACAAUAAUAAAACCACAGUAGUGAAUUAAUAGUACGAAUGUGCUAUGAGAUUACAUAAAAAUGUCAUUUGCAAUACUAUGUUCAUUUGUUUUAGCUUUUUAUGUCGUAGUUUGGUUCUUUGAUUCUUUUUUCAAGAGCUGUAUGCAUUAUCCUUACUAUGCUUUCUUGGAAGGAACUGGACUGAAAGUUGGGAUACUAAAUUUCUCAUGGACAACCACUGCUUUUAACAGGUUUAUUUAUCGGUGGAGCAAAAACUUGUCGCGUGUACUGAAAAAGUGGUUCACGUGUGGAUAUUUAUUCAGUAUUUGGGUAUUUCUACCGUUUGCAAUUUGGGUACUACUGACAUUCAUAUUUGAACAUUUUUAUGAAACAAUACAGAUUAAUAAUGUUCCUGAGGUGAAGGCGAUGCUACCAGGAGUGAAUAUUCCCGCUUCAGACUUUUGGGUGUACUUCCUUGCCAUAGGCCUGAGUAGUAUAUUCCAUGAACUGGGCCAUGCAAUGGCCGCAGCACAGGAGGAUGUGCAAUUAAUAUCUGUUGGUGUGUUUGUUUUCACCAUAAUUCCAAUAGCAUUUGUGCAACUCAACACUGAACAUUUGAAUAGUCUUGCAACAACCAAACGGCUCAAAAUAUACUGUGCAGGUGUAUGGCACAAUGUCACAAUGUCGUUUUUUGCUUUGUUGUUAUUUUUCUCAGCACCAAUCCUAUUCAAUAUAGCUUAUGAAACAGGUAUAGGAGUGAGAGUCACGGAUUUCACAGAUGAUUCUCCAUUGAAGAAUGUGAGAGGUCUAGAAAAGAAUGAUGUUGUGACAUCAAUAAAUGGAUGUGACAUAAAAAACUCUAAUGAUUGGAACCAUUGCCUUCAUAUGGCUCAUGAGCGGUUUGGUAUCUGUACUAGUGCAGAGUUCAUUGCUCAAAAUGAUGAAAUAAUGAUGGAGACAAUAAAGGAGAAUGAUGUAGUGGAAUGUUGCAGGAAGGAUGACUUGUUCAAUUUUUGUUUUGAAUAUAUGGAGCCCAAAGUGGCUGCAGACUCAGUGUUGCCAGGUCAAUAUUCAUGUUUGAAACCCAGAGAUAUGAUUAAGAAUAAAUUCAAUAAAUGUACAGAACCGAGUGGCUAUUCCUGCCCAAGGAAUAUGCACUGUUUGAAACCAUCAAUGAAUAAUCAUACUUAUCUAGUUAUAGUUGAGAGGAAGGACAACAAUGCAGUCUUGUAUUUGGGUUUGCCAUAUGAUUUGCAUAAAACAGUAUUUAUCGAUCAAUAUUUCCCUAGGUUAGGUAUAUUUUCAAUUUUUUCCCCAUCUCAAUUUGAAAAGUUACUGAGGUAUAUUUUUAUUUUUUCUAUGGGAAUAGGAUUUGUAAAUAUUGUUCCCUGUUACGGUACAGACGGUCAUCAUAUAUCAAGAAAUCUAAUUCAAAUUUUAGCUAAAUAUUUGAAUAAGAAUGGUGAUUUUGUAACAUUUUUUACAAUUUUUACAGUAGUCGUAGGAACGGGUGUGACAGUACCAAUUUUAGUGUAUUUAUUUUAUAGAGCUAUAUAUGUAGAUAAUUGAAAGCAAUGGAUUGUAUAUAUUGGUAAUUUAAAACUAAGUGUACCUACAUAAUAGUAUAUAGGUAACUUGAAGUGUUAGAUGUUUUUGUAAGUCUAAUUCAUUUUUGUAAAUUUUAUGUAAAUAAACAAAAACUGUAUUCUAUUUAAUUUAGAUUCAUACCCCAAAUAUUAAGGGGUGUGUUUGUAAUCAAUAUAAAAUAAAUCCUUCAGACUAGAUGUAUUGACAUUCAAUGUUAUUGUAUUAAUUUUUAAUACAGAAACAAGUAAUGUUUCAAAUUAAUGAAAUGCGUAGGUACUUAUAGAUGCAAUUGUAAUAUCAGAUUUUCUUUGAAUUUAUGUUGCAGAGUGUCUAUGAAAUUGACACAUGUACCUUAGAUUUUAACAAAUUUUUUUCUAUUUUAAAUAAAUUUCUGAAAUGUAAUCAUAAAAAGUGUAUACAAAAAUGCCUAAUUUUAUUAACAAUACAUAAGUUAUUUAUUUUAAGUAGACAAAUGUUCCAAUUUUAAUAAAUUUAUAUAAAACACUUUAUUUAUUGUUCUAAUAUUCAC